CUACGUCUCUGGUUCAAUACUUAAGAUCGUCUACGUAGUCCGUUUAUAAAAUCCGCACUUUAAACAUCUCUCAGUUAUGAACUGUGUCACAUGAUUAUAAAAUGACGGACGUAGUCUGCAAAGGAGAAAUGUAAACAACUCUACAAAAAAACACCCCUAUAAGUGCCCCUCUAUGCCAUAGUUCCACUACCAGUGACCUGAGCCCAAGUAUGGACGAUCAGCUAGGCGGACAGGACCCGCUGGGUGCCCGGGACACGGUGGUGCAUACGGAGACCCUGACACGCUGGAACCUCACCCAGCUCCCAAUGGUGUCAGAGACUCAAGUCCCGGAAGAAGAACUUAAGAACCAGUCACCUUUCCCAUGGAGGAAUGACAUCAACAAUAAAGUUGUCUUGUGGAAAGGUGAUAUAACAGAACUAAGUGUGCAUGCAAUUGUCCAUUCCACAAACGAGCGUAUGACAGAGAAAUCCCUUGUGACACAGACCCUGUAUGAGAAGGCGGGACCUAAGAUGGAGGCAGAAAUAAAAAAUAACAUCAAAGUGUGUAAAACUGGUGAGGCUAAGAUAAGCGAAGGUUACGAACUACCAAGCAGAUUUGUGAUUCACACUGUUGGACCUCGGUACAACGUGAAAUAUGAGACGGCUGCAGAGGGGGCACUGUUCAGCAGCUAUAGGAGCGUCCUUCAGCUGGUCAGGGAGAACUCUGUCCGGACACUUGGGUUGUGCUGUGUACAUUCCGCCAAAAGAGGAUACCCACCACAAGAGGGCGCUCAUAUUGCCAUAAGAACUGUUAGACGAUUCCUAGAACGUUACGGGGAUGAUAUAGACGCCAUUAUUUUUGUAUGCGACGAUGAAACUUAUACUGUGUAUGGGAAGACAUUACCUCUCUACUUUCCCCGGAGCCCGGAGGAGCAGCAUAAGGUCCGGGCUCUCCUCCCGGAGGACAUCGGCAACGAGAACGGGGAGCCCGUCAUACCGGAGAGACAGAUCCGCAUCCUGGACAAACCCAUGUAUGCACAGCGCAGCAACGAUUCAGAUUUUGAUGACAAGACAAUAGAUUUGAACGCCGAGUUUGGGAAGUCCAUCUCCGUUGGCCGACAUCCGUUUGCAAGCAUGCAAGAUGAUCCCGAUGCAAUGAAGCGGCUGCGACCAAAAUCUGAUGUAGACACUAGGAAAGAGGAACAAAAGAAACGGUAUGAGCGCAUGUUGAAGCGAGCUCACUCGGAAGAUCUCACAUCCAUAGCGAGACUGAGGUGUCUGUACCGCACUGGGCAGGACAAGUUUGGGCGCCCGGUUAUCGUCUUUGUAGGCAAGAAUUUCCCAGCUGAGGCAGUAAAUUUGGAGAUGGCCCUGCUGUACGCCAUACGUCUGCUGGACCCUAUAGUAGACCGGGACUACGUGAUCGUGUACUUCCACACCUGCACUGACAGUGAUAACCUGCCACCUGUGAGCUUCUUGAAGAACGUCUACCAUGUCCUAGACCACAAGUACAAAAAGAAUUUGAAAUCAUUCUACAUAGUCCAUCCCACUUGGUGGUCGAAGUUUGCUACCUGGUUUUUCACCACAUUCACAGCCUCAGACAUUAAACAAAAGGUGCACUCGUUAAAGGGUGUUCAGUACCUGUACAGCCGGAUCAAUCCUGAUCAGCUGGAUAUACCCUCCUUUGUGCUAGACCAUGACAUACAGGUGAACGGUCCCCGAUACUUUGUGCCGUCUGAAGAAGGGGCUACAGAGGAAGGGUUGUGAUGCAGACUCUGACUUUAUAUCUUGUUUGUCCCCAGAAAUGCAGGCUUUAUAAGUGCAAUAAACGCGCUAGAAGUGCUACUGCUAUUUACCAUUUGCCAGUUGCAAAAUCAAAUUUUAAAGCUUAUUUAAGAAGUAAAUUUUGGCUAAGUGUUGGUUGUUGCAGGCAUUAAAUACAAUUGGGAGUUCUAAUGUGUAGGAAUGGAAAUGAACAAAUAUUCGUUAUUGCUGUGAUAGCAAACAUUUAGCAGAUAUUAUUUCAAUUUGACCGAUAAUUUGUCAGAAUAAUAUUUUAACUAUUUUAGUCUAUAUUCCGCCCUUUUCUUCCACAAACAAACAACAACAAAGAAACACAUUCCUCAAUACAUUCUUUCAAUUCAAUAUGAUUUUGGCUUCAUGUAUAAACAUUGAGUGGAUAAUCAAGGUGAUAUCAUAAAUGUGUAAUAAU